AAGAAAAUUGACAAGGCAAAGAAAAAGCGAGAAGACGACUACGACUUCGACUCAACACAAAUUGCGUUUUAAUUGAAGAAAACUAAGUAAAAUAACUAGUUUUUGUGAUAUUUACAAACAAGAAAAAGCAAGAACAAAAAAAUAAAAUGUCGUACGCAUAUUUGUUUAAAUAUAUUAUCAUUGGGGAUACUGGUGUAGGAAAAUCUUGCCUUCUGCUUCAAUUCACCGACAAACGAUUCCAGCCUGUGCAUGAUUUGACGAUCGGCGUGGAGUUUGGAGCGCGCAUGAUCACAAUUGAUGGCAAACAAAUCAAACUACAAAUCUGGGAUACAGCAGGCCAGGAAGCGUUCAGAUCAAUUACACGCUCAUAUUAUCGCGGUGCAGCCGGUGCUUUGUUGGUAUACGACAUUACACGCCGUGAGACUUUCAAUCAUUUAACUACAUGGCUGGAAGAUGCCCGUCAACAUUCAAACUCAAAUAUGGUUAUAAUGUUAAUCGGUAACAAAAGUGAUUUGGACUCGCGGCGUGAGGUGAAAAAAGAGGAGGGUGAAGCCUUUGCACGCGAACAUGGGCUUGUUUUCAUGGAGACUUCAGCUCGAACUGCUGCCAAUGUGGAGGAAGCGUUCAUCAAUACGGCAAAAGAGAUUUACGAGAAAAUCCAGGAAGGUGUUUUCGAUAUAAACAAUGAGGCAAAUGGCAUUAAGAUAGGACAACAGCAUUCCCCCACAAAUCCCUCACUGCCGGGUGCUGGAAAUCAGGCUGGGUCGGCUAGCAGCGGCUGCUGUUAAGUAACACUUCUCAGCUGCGGCUGAUGUAAUGAUUUUUUCUAAUAUAUAAAAAAAACAAGAACUAAUAACUAAAGAUAAUUUGCUCGUCAUUUCUAAUGCCUAUUCUAUUUGUAUUUAUUUUUGUUGAGUACUUUUAUUUUAAAUCAAUUUAAAAAGUAAUAUGUUAGUUAAAGAGGAGCUGACAUUUCAUUAUAUUCUUAAAUUAUAAGAAAUGAAACGAAUCUAAAAAUACAUACAUACAUACAGAACAACUGCACGCAAAUAGAUCAUCAAAAACCAAAUAAAGUCUUUUUAAAACAAUUGAA